GGUCCCCGCUCGCGCGCAGCAGGCAGGGUUCCGCGGGGACGCUGCCCUUUUCCAGCGGCGGCGGCCCGGCGCUCGCGCCCCACCAGCUCCCAGUCACGCGAGCAGGGCAGCGCGGCGGCAACGGUCCCGCCGGAGUGACCCCGCCGGCGGCUCCUCCCUCGCGAGCUCAGCCCCCAGCAAUCCGCUCGCCGCCGCCCCAUCAGCUGACGAGGCAGCGGAUCACAUGACGGGCGAAGACCAGCGAGGCAACAUGGCUGUGGCUGAGGGACCAUCUUUUUGGUUGGGGAAUGAGACGCUGAAAGUGCCAGCAGCACUCUUUGCUUUGAAUAGAAAACGGCUGUGUGAUCGACUAAGGGGGAACAAAGAUGUCCAGAAGAAUGCAAUUGUUUUGAUGCAGGGUGGUGAGGAAGCCCAAAGAUACUGCACUGAUACUGGCAUUGUCUUUCGCCAGGAAUCUUAUUUUCAUUGGAUUUUUGGAGUAACUGAACCAGACUGCUAUGGAGCGAUUGAUGUUGAUACUGGAAAAUCCAUUCUCUUUGUCCCCAAACUCCCUGAAAGCUAUGCAGUUUGGAUGGGAAAGAUUCAUCCUCCUGAAUAUUUCAGGAAGAAAUAUGCUGUGGAUGAAGUACACUAUAAAAAUGAGAUAUCCAGUGUCUUGGCUCAAAAGAAACCCUCAGUACUUCUUACCUUGCGUGGUGUUAAUACUGAUAGUGGAAACAUUUCAAGGGAAGCUUCAUUUGAAGGAAUCAGCCAAUUUAAUGUGAACAAUAAAAUUCUUCAUCCUGAAAUUGCGGAAUGUCGGGUGAUUAAGACAGACAUGGAGUUGGAAGUUCUGCGGUAUACCAAUAAAAUAUCCAGUGAAGCUCAUAAAGAGGUAAUGAAGGCAGUAAAAGUGGGUAUGAAAGAAUAUGAGAUGGAGAGCCUGUUUCAGCAUUAUUGCUAUACUCGCGGUGGCAUGCGCCAUACUUCUUACACUUGUAUCUGUGGCAGUGGCAACAACUCCUCUGUUUUGCACUAUGGACAUGCUGGAGCCCCAAAUGACAAGACUAUUGAAGAUGGAGACUUGUGCUUGUUUGACAUGGGAGGAGAAUAUUACUGCUAUGCUUCUGACAUUACCUGCACUUUUCCAGCAAAUAGAAAGUUCACUCCUGACCAGAGGGCCAUCUAUGAAGCGGUGCUUAAGUCAUCUCGUGCUGUAAUGAAGGCAAUCAAACCAGGGGUCGCCUGGCCUGAUAUGCACCGUCUGGCAGACAGAGUCCAUCUGGAAGAGCUGAUUAAAAUUGGCAUCCUGAAAGGCAAUGUAGAUGACAUGGUGAAGGUUCAUCUGGGUGCAAUAUUUAUGCCACACGGACUUGGACAUCUACUUGGAAUUGAUGUGCAUGAUGUUGGAGGCUACCCAGAGGGAGUUGACCGCAUCGAUCUGCCAGGCCUCAAAAGUUUGAGAACUGCCCGAGUUCUUAAGGAAGGCAUGGUGCUGACUGUGGAACCAGGCAUUUACUUUAUUGACCGCCUGUUGGACCAAGCACUCAAUGAUCCUUUACAGUCUUGUUUCAUCAAUAAUGAAGUCCUACAGCGUUUUCGAAGAUUUGGUGGGGUCCGAAUUGAGGAUGACAUUGCAGUGGCGGCCAAUGGAAUGGAGCUAUUAACGUGUGUCCCACGUACUGUGGAAGAAAUAGAGGCUUUCAUGGCAGAAGCCCAAGGCAGCACCAAGUCAUUUGACUCCUUGGCUAGCCAAAAGUAGUAAACUCCACAGUGGUUGCUGCCUUCCGCUAACCAGCCAUCAUUCUGAUUUUACACUACUGCUUAUAAAAUAAAAUGUAUCAAAUUCUGCGCAGCAAAUUGAAUCAGGCAAGUCAUUAGGCUGGAAUGAUUACUUGAUUAGAAAUGAAGUUUGAAGGAUUCAGCACUAUACAUUCAGGUAGCUCUUAAGUCUUUAUGCCUGCAAUCAACAGUUUAUAUUACUAAGUGCCAGCUGAAAAAUAGUACAGUGUGAACAGCUGAAAUUAUAAAGCUUUAAAAUCUCUGUUCAUCUGUAUCUUUCCAAUCAGAUCUGCAUUUUGAUACCAGUGAUUUUUUUAAAAAAUAACAGCUGUAUUAUCUGAAUGUAUCAUAAGAAAAUGCUUAGAAGUCCUACUUUGGAAACUUAUAUCACAACUAUUACAAAGUCUUUUUGUUAAUUGGAAGUGGCUGAAAAAGUGCCACACCCACAUUUUUCUUGAUGUUGAAGGAAUGGACAGAAUUAAAUGGUCUAAUAAAAAUCCUCUAUGAAAGUUGUUCAUAA